AUGCGCGGCCUCACUCAGGCUGCCGCCGCGGUGCUGACACCUGCGUUGGUGUUGGCUCAUGGACCUCACCAUCCCCCACCUCCACCACCACCUCCUCCACCUCAUAUGGGAUUCCUACCUUCCGCUCUCGACGUAACACCUUCAGCUUUUGUCACAGUCAAUGUCCCAUGGAGCGACACUGAAUCGUAUCCUUUGACACUACGAUUUGAUGUACAGGAGUCAGAAGAUGUCUGUGGCCCUGCCAGCAUCAAGCUCAAUGGCGAGUCCCUCGAUCAGGACGCCAAGGGUCACGGCGUAGGAUCAUUCCUCGUCAACAAUGAGACCACCAUCUCAGCUGAGUGGGAUUUUGAGUGCAUCGGCCCCAAGGAGUUCCCCUUUGGUCAGUCAAUGCGCUUCAACGUAAAGGCCCUCGACGACAUGGCUGUCAAUGAAGAGUCUUCCUUCUGGAUGACCUUCAAGCAAACCGCCCCUGUUCGAAUCUCCGAUGUUGGAAACGCUGCCUACGUAUGGAGUCUGUCCGUCCCCUUCAGCAAGGAGAACAGUACAUCAACAGGUGACAAGUCCACUGCCGACCACCCACCUCCUAUCUGGGAGAGCACCCACCGCGACUUCCAGGACCCUGAAGAGGAGCUUCAAGUUGAGUUGAUGGAAUUGGAGGCUCUUCAUAAGCAGAUUCUUCAACUUGAGCAGCUUGUUGAGGAGAGGGAGGCGUCCAUUGCUAAGAAGCUGGGCAAGAAGUAUCCUCCUCCUCCCCCCUCGACUUACAAGAAGAUCAAGGAUUGUGAUGGAGUGCAGUGUGUUUUGCACACUGUAAAGGAUGGCGUGCGACACUCUGCUCAUAGGUUCUACGAUCACGUCUUCGGACAUCCUCCUCCUCCACCUCACCAUGGCCCUCCCCACGGUCCUCAUCAUGGAAACGGCACUCAUCAUGGACCUCAUCCUCCUCAUCAUGGACCUCCCCCGCCUCCUCCCCCUCACCAUGGCCAUCCUUUCCCUUUCCCUGGAGGCCACCCUCCCCCUCCCCAAUGUCCUCCUUGCUCUUGUGAUCCUCACCAUGGCAACCCCCCGCCACCUCCUCCCCAUCACAAAGAUGGACCUCAUGAGCCUCACCAUGACAAGCCGGAGCACGGCCCUGAAGAUUUUCGCGCUGAGGGACAUGAGGGUCACCCACCACCACCACCACCUCCUCCUCACCAUCCCAUCAUUGUGAUUCUCGGCGUCCUUGCCAUUGCACUCGCUCUUUUCAGCGGCAUUGCCAUUGCCUACAUCCACCGCCGCAUAGCUCGUCUCAGCCCCGAGUCUCGACGUGCCAUCCGCCGCGCAUUCCGCCAGUCUCGGGAAGAGCGCCGCAAGGGUUCCGCUUGGAAGGCUGCCUACCGAGCCUUCAUUUCUCGAUGUGUCGAGAACGACGAAGAUGAGAAGGAGGCCAUGCUUAACGGUGACCGCCGCCGAAGGUCUUCUUCUGCAAGCAGCGUGACCAUGGAAGAGGAGAUUGCAUCCUUCCGCGAGGCUGCUAACAUGGUCGACGGCAUUGUUGCUGCCGAAGAAGGCCACAACACCCACGCUCGCUCGUACAGCUAUAUCCCCGGCUCUCCUGUUUCUUCUCGCCCAACACAUCACCACCCUGCUGCUGCGGCAUACCGUAGCUUUCCCGAUGACGAGAGCCUUCCCGCCUACGAUGAUGACGAGCGCGACUCGUCGGUGGUUUCAGAUGGAUGCCGAUACACGCCCGGUAGCUCUGAUUACACCCCUUCCACCUCUGGAUCCAACGCCAGCGACGUUCUAGGCGAUACCAAGAACUAA